GACGUAUUUAUGUGAAAAAGUAAACAAAUAAAGAAAAGAGGAAGAUUUUGGGUCUUCCUUUCAACAAUUUUUACACACCUUUCGAUGCCAUUUAUUUAUUUUAUUUUAUUUUUAAAAUUACACAAUCCCUUUUCGAAGGUUCUCUCUCUUCUCUCCGUUUCAUUUUUUCUACUGAGCUCUGUAAGGCUGGAACGAUUUGAUUGGUAAGUCAUGUCGGGCCUUUACAAUCCCAACUUCUCUCCUGCAAGAGCUGUGUCUCCACAGAUUAGAAACACCCCAGAUGUAGACAGUAGUCAGUAUUUGCAAGAGCUGUUGGCGGAGCAUCAAAAGCUUGGGCCUUUCAUGCAGGUUCUUCCCAUCUGUAGCAGGCUCUUGAAUCAAGAGAUCAUAAGAGUUUCCUCGAUGAUGCCAAACCAAGGUUUCAAUGAACUUGACAGAUUAAGGCAAAGAAGUCCAAGUCCUAUGGCUUCUUCAAAUCUUUUAUCAAAUGUUGCGGGGGCAGGAAUAACUGGCUGGAAUGGACUUCCUCAGGAGAGAAUGAGUAGGCCUCCUGGAAUGACAAUGGACUGGCAAGGGGCUCCUGCAAGUCCUAGUUCAUUCACUGUGAAAAAGAUUUUGCGCCUAGAUAUUCCUGUAGAUAACUUUCCAAAUUUCAAUUUUGUGGGACGACUGUUGGGCCCUAGAGGAAAUUCACUGAAACGAGUGGAAGCCACAACAGGAUGCCGUGUAUAUAUUAGAGGAAAAGGUUCAAUAAAGGACCCAGACAAGGAGGAGAAGCUACGGGGACGACCUGGUUAUGAGCACCUCAAUGAAUCACUUCACAUCUUGAUCGAGGCUGAUUUGCCUGCCAAUAUUGUUGACAUCAGACUGAGGCAAGCCCAGGAGAUAAUAGAAGAGCUGCUGAAGCCUGUGGAUGAGACGCAGGAUUAUAUAAAGAGGCAGCAAUUACGUGAACUGGCCAUGCUAAAUUCAAGUUUCAGAGAAGACAGCCCUGGACCAAGUGGCAGCCCCUCAGUUUUCACUACUAGUGGAAUGAAACGUGCAAAAACAAAUUAAAAAAUAUAUAUAUAUAUUUGAUGUUAUAUAUUUGCUCUUACAUAAUUGAAAAUCUAAGAAAACAGAUGAUAGGUCUCUGUAGCUUUUUGGUUGUGUUUUCUUUUUUCUUUUUUCCUUUAAUUUCUUGAACAGAAAAACUGAAGGGGGUGGAAACAAAAAGAACAAAGUGUUCCCAUAUAGUUGGUUUUAGAAUAGGUUUUGGUGAUGUCUGGUUCUCUUGAACUCAUUCAUUGGAUUUAUUCUUGUGUUAGUAUAUAGUGUGAAAUAUGUUUAUUGUUGAUACAACAGAGCAACAAGAAGUGACUUGAUUUGUAGGUAUCUUCUUGUUAUAACACCUAUGUAUUAUUUAAGAUUCUAUUUUAAGACAAUAUAUUGAUGGCUUUUCUUACUUAA